AGGCUCGAGUAUCGCCAGGCAGGUGGGCGGCCCACAGACUGCUCUGUCUCCAUUUGGGCGGCCCCGAGACCAGGCAUGAAGGUGAUUUCCACAGGGGAGGACAUUGAUAUCGCCCUCUUCGCGGCUGGCUGCGCCUAUUUGCUGCUCGGCGCGUGCGUGGCGCUCUGGCGGGGCAGUCGGUUUGCGUCGUCUGGCGCAUUGGUGAAGGGGCUGCUGCAGCACGUGGUGGUGCCACUGAGGCAGGCUCGAGGAAAGCUCCAGCAGGGCGGAGAGCACAAGGACAUGAACUCGGUCGUGCAGCAGGCGGACGGGGAGUUCCAUAGGAGAAAGCUGGAACAUACCAUCAAAGGGCUGCCAUUGGCGCAGUGUAUCGGCAUGAUCAUCAUCCUGGCUCUGUGGUUCGGGGGCACCGUUCCCACGUCGUUCGCACAGAAUUUCAGCUCACUCGCAAUGGCCACAAUGGUAAUGGUCAUCUGGAUCGCACCCUCCUUAGUCACAGCACGUUCUGCCGACUGGCUAUACUCAUUCAUGAUGGCUUUCUCGAGCGUCAACAUGUCGCCUAUCGCUGUUCCUGCAGAUGCAGUCUUGUCCUACGCCCUCGGCACCUGGGUCGUUUCUCUUACAAUUAGCUACCUACACUUGAAACCAUGGCUGAAUGCGUUCUGGAUUGCCAUCAUCAACGCGAUGGCUUGCCUCACUCUUGUCGUCGGCCAGCGCAGCGGUGGCCCUUGUGCCAACUCGCAUGCUGUCAAGGUGGCUGCGCAACUCUCGCUAGUCUCUUUCGUCAGCGUGCUGUGUCUGAUCUUCGUCGAUUGGCUGCUGAAACAGUUGACGCGGCUUGAGCUCGAAGCGCAAUCUUCCCGCAGCGCGCUGGCCGCUGCCCAGUCCGUGCUGCGGAGCGUCUGCGAUGUGGUCGUGGUGGUGGACGACGAGCUGCGGCUCGAGGAGGACUCGGCGGAAUUGCGCAACAUGCUGCUUCUCAACCAGACCCGGCAGCUGCAGCAGGAGGAUUUGCGCGGCUUCCUCGCAUCCGCCGAGGACUGCGCCAAGUUCUCCGAGCAGGUGCGGCACGCCACAUUCUCUGGACAGAACGGGGGAGAGCCGUUACACCUGAGCAUCGCCUUCCACGUGUCCAUGAAGGACAGCGCUGGGAUCACGCUGGAGGUUGAGGUCUUCGUGGUGCAGUUCCUGAGCAGGGCGGGGAAAGAUGCGUACCUGGUGGGAAUCCGCGAGCAGUCCGACUCGUUUGCCCCGUCGGAGCUCCGCAGGUCACAGGGCGGACCAGGCAGCUUUGGACGAGAGCCGAGGCGAUGUUCCAGCCCUCACGCACCGGCGCCUUCGUUCACAAGUGGCGCGCCGUGGCAUCAGGUUCAGAGGAGGAACAGGUACCCAGACCGCUACCCUUGGAGGCCCUCGUCGUCACCGCUGGAUUCGCCUCGAAAUCCUGGUCAGAACCCACCCGGGGACAGGUCCAGGGAGCAGCGGUAUCAGUACCUUUUGGUUUCCCCACUGGUGGCUGAGGGGGACGCUGCAUCCAGCUCGUCCUCUUCUUCUGAGCUCCUCAUGGAAGACAAGACCAGCGCCUGGAUUGAUCUGCUCAGCGAUGGAUGGAGCAUCUUGGACGCCACCGACACGUUCAAGAUGUGCAUGGGGCUCGCGGAGGACGAGCUCGAGCUCCUCCCGCUAGUGAGGAGCGACCAGCGUGAGAGGCUCAUCGAUUUUGCUCAGACGGCCCACUUUGAUUCCACGGACCAUGCCGCUCCUGCCAUUCUCCAUGAGCCAAUCUUUCUCCGCACGGCGCAUAUGCGCCGCCUGAAGCUCUGUGUUUGUGCGACCCUGCACUUGGACUGGCUUCGUCCUCCCUGCCCGACGCAGCAGGCUGCGGAGGUGCUUCGCAUAAGUCUCGAGGAUAUCAAAUGCUUGCGCGGCAAACGUUGGGGUAAAGCGAGACGCGCCGAGACGAGAGACUGGCCUCAGCUGGUUGCGGCGAGGCGCGAGAUGAGUGAUUGUCGCGCCAUGCGAUUCCCUUAG